CUCAUAAUUACACCACAUUAAACCACCAUCAUGUCGUCCCGAUCUCUUUGGCGGAGCUUACAGACUCAGACAACACGGCGAUUGGCCGUGCCCGAGACUCCCUACCGGUGUUUCUCCUGCGCACGACAAGCCCAGGCCCAGCCGCCCAAGCCGACCGCCGACGAGGAGCGAUUCACGCAUUUCGGAUUCCAAAAUGUCCCCGAAUCGCAGAAGGAAUCUAUGGUGAAAACCGUGUUCAGCUCGGUGGCCUCGUCCUACGAUGUGAUGAACGACAUGAUGUCGCUGGGCAUCCACCGGCUGUGGAAGGACCACUUCGUGCGGUCGCUGAACCCGGGGUCGGCGCUGCCCUCGCGCGAGCACGACACGACCGGGCGCGGCUGGAACAUCUUGGACAUCGCGGGCGGCACGGGCGACAUCGCGUUCCGGAUGCUGGACCACGCGACCAACAUCAACCACGACGCGGCGACGCGGGUGACGAUCGCGGACAUCAACCCGGACAUGCUGGCGGAGGGCAAGAAGCGCAGCAUCCAGACCCCGUACUACAACACGAACCGCCUCUCUUUCUUGGAGGGCAACGCGCAGAGCCUGCCCUCGAUCCCCAGCAACUCGAUCGAUCUGUACACGGUGGUGUUCGGCAUCCGCAACUUCACGGACAAGCAGGCGGCGCUCAACGAGGCCUUCCGCGUGCUCAAGCCCGGCGGCGUCUUCGCGUGCAUGGAGUUCAGCAAGGUCGACAACGCGCUGUUCAACGCCGUCUACAAGCAGUGGAGCUUCAGCGCCAUUCCCCUCAUUGGGCAGCUGGUCGCGGGCGACCGCGAGAGUUACCAGUACCUCGUCGAGAGCAUUGAGCAGUUCCCCAGUCAGGAGGAGUUCCGGGGCAUGAUCCAGAAGGCUGGGUUCUUGAUCCCGGGUCGCGGGUUCGAGAAUCUUACGGGGGGCAUUGCGGCGAUUCAUAAGGGGAUUAAGCCUUUGAAUUAGGGGGAGAAAUUGUG